AUGGGACAGUACUACACUUGCAACAUAAAGGAAAUCGAUGUGGCAGAAUUACAGGAAAUGUAUAAGAAGUUUGUUGUAGAAUGCCCCAGUGGAGGUCUCUAUUUGCAUGAAUUUAAGCAGUUUUUUGGCAUUUCCAGUCAAAGUGAAGCAUCUGAAUAUGCGGAGAGUGCAUUUAAAUCGUUUGACAGGAAUGGGGAUAACAGGAUUGACUUUUUGGAAUAUGUUGCUGUUUUAAAUCUAUUGCUACGAGGCAAACUUGAGCACAAACUGAAGUGGUUGUUCAAAGUAUUUGACACUGAUGGGAAUGGAUUUCUGAAUAAGGUUGAGUUGCAGAAAAUGGUGAAGAGUGUCUAUAAUGUCAAACAAGGAUGGACAAAAAAUAUGGAUACUCAAAGGUCAACCCCAGAGGAAGCAAGUGACAGAAUAUUUCAACUAAUGGAUGAAGACAAUGAUGGGAAGCUUUCACUAAAAGAAUUUAUUGAUGGAGUGCAAAGAGAUGAUUGGAUGAGGAAAAUGCUGAAUGUAGACAUAAACCUCACAAAAUGGAUCACUGAACACCGCGACAAAGGCAAGGGAGAAGUAAAGGGCUAAAUGCCAAGGGAAAAGGAUGUGUCAUCAUAUCAGCCCUUGCACUAUUAGUGGGAAAACAGUAGAUGCCUGAAAUGUAUGCCAAUUAUUUUUGUCAGGUGGCUUUUUGAUUCCAGAAGAUAACAGGUACAAAACAGCAUCGCUUUUUAUUGGUCCACAAUAUUAUAUUGAUCAAAGUGUGAAGCUUUGGGUUAAUUAGUUCACAACAAAUGAAUGGAAAGGUACUAAAUAUUUUAGCCAUAGAUACAUAGAAUAUUGGUAUUUACAAUCCAUGGAUAGUUGUUUUAAUGAGGUUCAAAGUAUUUUAAAAAUGUACAGCUGAAUACUUGUAUAAGUGUGAAUAAAAUCUAACUGCAUGUAUCACUUCAAAUACUAUACAACUUGGUUUCAGCUUCCAAGCCAUCCAUUAAGUUUCUUUAUUGUUCCAUAACACUUGUCUCUCAAACUACUUUUGCAGAUUGUCACCUUGUUCUCUGCCACUUCCUCAUACAAAUUCCACAUAAAGUUCCUUUGUCUUUGCUGUUAUCACUGCAAUUCUCAAGUAGGUUUCUCUCACACAUAAUUUCCUCCAUAUUUGCUAUAUGAGCCCUGUCGGAAUGCACAGCAGCCAUUCCUUUAAGCUGUGUUAUGGCUUGGACAUGGAGGGUAGCAAAUGGCUACAACCUCUGCAUAAUGACCUAGUGGACCAUUUCUAAAUAUAUAUAUAUUUUUUUGGGGGGGAACUGAAAGAUAUUUACAAGUGCAGAAGUAUAUACUUGACUGGAGAACUGGGUUAUUAUUCCUGAGGGUUGAUACAGUAACUGCUUUGGGAAUAGCACUACAUGUUCAUGGCUUGUUUCUGUAUCCCUGUAAUGGCUCCUUAG